AUGAGCAGCGCUGCAAAAAGGAAGAGAAGAAAAAACAACAACAACAACAACAACAACAACAACAACAACAACAAGAUGCAGCUCCAGAAUAGGAAUCCUUUUGAGCAGAUUGACGCAUGGAUUCUGGGCAGUGGAACGGCCUCCUUGGCCUCGGCGCUCUAUCUGAUCAAGUACUCAAGGAUUCCACCGGCCCGAGUGCAUCUCUUAGAAUCACAAGAUUCAGUGCAGGAGAUCCUCCACCACACGGGCGAUCCACAUGGUGGAUAUGAUCAGAUUGCAGGUUGCUUGCCUCUUCCCAUUGGAGGUCCACUGAAGGAACUCCUGGCGUCGAUCCCGGCCUCUAUCCCGGCACGAUCGGGCUCAAGGCAGAGUUACUUGGGUGAGAUCGAGACCAACAAGCGUCGGGGCCCGCCGAAAAAAGUCACCCAAACAAACUUCUUGGUUCAAAAGAAUCACCUGCUGCAGAAGAUUGCGACGGCUCCUCUAGACCUGCAAUGGAAACACCGCAUGCGACUUGCGCAGCUCGUUCUCAGACCGGAGCCGAAACUGGGAAGAAAUCAGAUCAAGGAUUUCUUCCACGAGACCUUUUUUGAGACCACUUUUUGGGCAAUCUGGUCCGCCCAACUUGGCCUGCAGCCUUGGCAUAGCGUCGCUGAGUUUCGGCGUGCUCUCUUCCAGUACCUGGGCGAUUUCCAUCGUCUGUCCAUCUUGGAUUGCCUCGAGACCACAGGUCGAUACCAAUAUGAAUCCAUAUAUCUUCCAAUCUACCGGUACCUCCAAGGGCUAGAGGUGGAUUUUCAAUUUGACACAACAAUCAAAGAAAUCGUAACAACCGAUGCCUCUGCUCGCAGAGUUUCACGCCUCGAACUGGUCCAGAACGGAUUUCCACUCUCGAUCAACCUCGGACCACAGGAUAUCGUCAUAGCCAAUUUGGGUUCGACCAUUUCGGGGACCGCAGUAGGAUCCAACGAAAAGCAACCGUACACUUCAUCGUACGAGAGCCUCGAUGAAAACUGGGCACUAUGGCUCGAUCUUUGCUCCAAAGCCAAGAGCCUGGGUAAUCCAUACUGUUUCUGCUGUCGCCGAUUCGAAUCCAUGAUGGAAUCAUUCACCAUCACUACCGAAGAUAUAUCCUUUUUCAAUCGCUUAAUCUCUUUAUCUUCUCUUCCUUCUUCUUCUUCUUCCUCCUCGACAGCCGGCACAAUUAUCAUUUUGAGAGAAAGUCGCUGGAAACUUAAUCUCUGUCUACCGAUGCAACCGGUCUUUCAGGACCAACCACACUCCGUGCGCGUACUAUGGGGCUUUGCACUCCUACCCGAACUUUCCGGAGACUACAUCAAAAAGCCCAUGGUCCAAUGCUCCGGUGCCGAUAUCACCGCAGAGCUAAUGCACCAUCUAAACCUGCCGCCGCGGACAAUCUUCCAACGUACAGUCACAAUUCCCCGCGUCAUGCCGCGAAUGAGCAGCCUUCUCCUCGCACACUCUGGCGAUGAACGACCCAAACCUAUUGUUCCGGAGAUUACCAACCUGGGACUCGUCGGAGAAUUCGUCGAGAUUCCACAGUACAGCUGCAUCGAUAUGAGUUACGGGCUUCGAGCCGCAAAGACGGUCGUAUCGCGGCUGACGGGGGUGAAGAUACCGAAUUCGGAACGGAAGAGGUCGCGUAUCCGGCUUUUGUUGCAGAUACUCCUUUGGAAGUAG